UUGUUUGAGAUUUGCUCGUUUAUUCGCGCGGCAUUCGUAGGUGUAAAUACAACUACGUUUAAAUCAUUUUCAUUAUAUAAUAUUCUGUUGAUCGUGAACCUGACUUUGCAUUUUGUUGUUUUUUUUUGUCGUGCAAAAUUGAUAAUUGCUUUCGAUACAGACGAGAAAUGUUAUGGGUUAGUGGUCGACAGUUUCAGUAUGGCUUAUCAAAAUGAUAGUCGAUUACCGUUAGGUACUAAUUUAAAAGAAAGAAACGAGUCAUCUUCGCGUAUGGCACCUAAGUUCGCCAGCUCUUUACGAAUCCCAGACGAUACAUCUUGGCCGAAAAUACCGGAGCGAAGACUGCAUGAAAAUGUGAUUAGCAAUUCGAGGGGUCCAUGCAUCGUAUCGUUUACUGCUAAAGCUGCAAAAAGUCGAAACAAUACCAUCAGCCAUUUGCCCCACCCGCAAUUCAGUAGAGAGAUUGCGCGAAAAAAUAAAGUGGAACGAUGCGAUAACAAUGAAACGUCUAAUAUAUGUUCAUCUUUGCAAGCCAUCAGUGCAGCGGAACCAAACGCACCUACUUGUACGGAUUCGAUAACUUCUAAUUUUAAAACGACAAUCACAGCAACUACCGAUUCGUUUGAUAAGUCAAAAAUUAAUCAAAGCAAAUUGAAUGAUCCGAUUGAAAAAGAAGCAAUAGAAAAGUCCGACCAACCGGGAGAUAUCGAUAAGGAUGCUGUCGAAAAGAGCGGCCGAUCGGAUGCUGCAAAAAAUCUCGAGAUAUUUAAUAAUCAAGCCCCUCCGGCAAAUAAAACAAAUGACACAGAGAUUAUCAAAUCCACGGCACUUGAACAACAUCAAAACAAUCCCAAUUGCCGAUCGGUGCAUUUAGAUGGUCACUUUUCAGAGGAAGCUAAGAAACCAAACGUAUCUACUGAUAACGAAGCUGGUCCGAUCGGAAGAAACGAUGAAAGAAGCGCAGACACCGCAAAAGAAGAAGAUGCGAGAAAUCGGCGCGGCGGUUCGACGGCCCACGCCAACGUCGUUCAACAUCAAAGACACUUGCGUAAGAACGCGACGUCAGAGAGGCUACUGCACGAGCGCACGGCUGGCAGCAAAUUAAGGUCAUCCCGUGGCGAGCUGCACGUGUCCGACACUAGUGAUUAUUCAGAAGCUUACUCCUCCGAUGCAAGAAAAGCCGGUCAGAUGCAAGGUUUCACGGACAGCGGCUACUACUGCGCGAAAAUCGGCAGCGAGCUCGCCUGCAAGGAUUACGCGUCAAGAAAGUGCAGCUGCUUCGACUCCUGCUACUGCAGCGUAAUCCGACGUCUGCAGCGGUCGUCUCGCAUCAGCAGAAGAUGCGCGCAUCACUCGGAGCCUCAGAUCGGCAACAGUAGGCGAUGCUCCACGGCCUACGGAGCAAGGACGCCGACGGCAUCUCGACGCUGCAGCGCAGUCGCCUACUCCAGGGACCUGUUGCCCAGGGUCGCCUCCGACUCGGACUGCGCCGCCGACGGCAACAAGCGCGCCAACGAUUUCAACUCGCAGCCGGAGAUCGGUAUGGCCGAUCGCAGGAUGUUUCCGCCGUUCGACGCCGCCAAUUACGAAAUAUCCAUGAUGGGCGCUCCCGAGUCGAAGAAGCGUAAAUCCGACGGCCAGCAGCUGUCCGUUUUCUUUCAGAGCUCGAAAUUCAAUCCCAGCGACGAAUGUACCGCCGCCGCUGCUAAGGGGGCCGGCUCAGCGAGGAGAACGGAUGACACUAUCGAGAACUCGACGUCGUCGUCGCUUGGCUUGUUGCACAGCGCGCUCGAGAGAAACCCCCAGGGAGACAAACAAGCAGAUAGGCGACUUUUAAAGUUCAAAACAGCUGGUAUCGCUUAUUAUAAGCGAGCGAUUAAAGUCCCAGCGACGAGAGAUAACAUUAGUUUUUUUUCGGCUGCUUCGUCUUCGGGACGCUUCUCGCGCUGCCGCUCGUCUACGACUACUUGUUCUACGAGGAGGAGAUCGAGGAGUACGAGGAUCUCGGCUACAUCGAGCUUCUGCUGGAUUACGUCGUCUCCUCGUUUCAAGAAGCUUUCGCUGGCCUCCCCGACUUGAUUAGCAAAAUGUUUUUUCAGUCGCGGACUUGCAGAAAGUGUAACAACUUUAAUUGAUGCGCCGAUGACCAUCUCUCGCACUGCAGAUUAUACUGUAGAUGCUCCGGAUCGAAAGUUUAUUCGAAAGCUUCAACAAUAGCUCGCCCUCUAAAUCUCAAGCGCCUAUAACUACCCUUGGCCUUUACCUCGUGUAUCAACAGCUCUUAUAAUAAUUUAUUGUGAGUAUCAUAUGUGCCCGGAUGUGCGAGUACGGUGUGGGCUGCAAUAAAUGAAAUUUUACGCAAGUGA